AUGUCCACUAGCGGGGCGCCUCCGGGCGUUAAUAUGCCGAAGAAACGUGAUCCACGUCUUCGUGGCGUGCAGCAACCGCAGGAGAAACAGUUUUUCGACUCCGCGGACUACGAAGUAAAACGACAACAGCGGCAACAGCAAUCACAGCAGCCACCACAGAAGAACCGGACGCCCCCGCUGUGCUCGCCACCUUCCUGA